AUGACUUAUGGCAAGGAAGAACCUACCUGUAGACUGCUGGGAAAGUUUGAUUUACAUGGGUAUGUGGAAUCCACAAACCACUCACUAAUUAUAGGAGGAAUGUCUCCUAUUCACUCCCGGACCAUUCCAGAAAAUGAGUCUGUUUUGGAGCCGGUAUCAGCCAUAUGUGAAGGGUUUUACUUCCGAGGUUUCCGCUGGACCAAAACCAUGAUCCAUACCAUCAAUGAGAUCAACCAAAGGAAAGAUAUCCUGCCUAAUAUUACCUUGGGCUACCAGAUUUUUGACACCUGCUUCACCAUUUCCAAGGCCAUGGAAGGGACAUUGUCAUUCCUGACGGGGCAGGACGAGAACAAGCCCAACUUUCGGUGCAGUGCUGGUGCCCCGCUGGCUGGCGUUGUUGGAGCAGGAGGAUCUGCCCUGUCUGUGGCUACUGCCAGGGUCCUUGGCCUCUAUUACUUUCCUCAGGUGGGGUAUGCUUCCUCCUGCUCAGUUCUCAGUGAUAAAUACCAGUUCCCGGCUUAUGUCCGCGUAAUUGCAAGUGAUAAGAGCCAGUCUUCUGCAAUGGUGCAACUUAUCCUACAUUUCAAGUGGGUCUGGAUAGGCACUAUAGCAGCUGAUGAUGACUACGGGAAGUAUGGUAUUAAAAUUUUCAAAGAGGAAAUUGAGAAGGCUGGUCUCUGCAUUGCAUUCUCUGAAACUAUCCCUAAGGUCUACCCCAAGACAAAAAUGGAAACUGUUGUUGAGACCAUCAAAAACUCCAUGGCCAAGGUCAUCGUGCUUUACACAUCAGAUAUUGACCUCAGUCCUUUUGUGUUAGAAAUUGAAUACAAUAACAUAACAGAACGGAUUGCCAGUGAAGCAUGGAUAACCUCCUCCCUUAUUGCGAAGCCUGAAUACUUCCCCUUCUUUAAGGGAACCAUUGGGUUUGCUGUGCCAAGAGCUAAUAUAACAGGCCUGAAAGAGUUUCUCUAUGGUCAUCCCAGCAAGGAUCCCAAUGAUAACAUUACAAUUGAGUUCUGGCAGACUGCUUUCAACUGCACCUGGCCCAACAGUAGUGUGCCCUACAACUCUGACCACAGGGUCAACAUGACUGGACAAGAGAACCGAGUCUAUUCAAUGUCUGAUAAGCUCUGUACUGGAGAGGAGAAGUUGGAGGACCUGGAAAAUACCUAUUUGGAUGUGUCCCAGCUCCGAAUAACAAAUAACGUGAAAAACACAGUUUAUGCUUUGGCUUAUGCUCUGGAUGAAAUGAGUCGAUGUGUAGAGGGAGAAGGACCUUAUUUACCAGGAAAAUCAUGUGCCUAUUUAGACAGCUUUGAGCCAUGGCAGUUAAUGUACUACCUGAAAGUACUUAAAUUUAAAACCCACAAUAAUACCACAUUGGAACUUGAUGAAAAUGGAGAUGUGACUGGAUCUUAUGACGCCUUGAACUGGCAACUAAAUGAUGAUGGGAAAAUUGACUUUGUGAAGAUUGGGAAAUACAAAUUCACGAGCUCCGGCUUUGAGUUGGUGAUGAGUAAUGAAUCCAUAUUUUGGAACACUGAAACAUUGGAGAGUAGUAUCGUCUACAUGUCUGAGAUUUUCCGUACAUACCCAGCCAGAAUCUACUCCAAUGCCCUGCACCUGCUGUAG